UCUAUAUUGUGCUGUAUUCAGAAGUAUAAGUAGGCUUAGAGACUUUUGAUUUCUCCUCUUUACCACCUUCCUUUCACCCUUCCGGUCCCCAUUCCUAUCUUUUAAACAUGAAAUUCACCCUUGUUGCCGCAGCCAUCGCCAUCGCUGCCACUUCUGUCUCUGCACUCACCCCUGCUGCUGGAUGCACCAAGUUCCACACCGUUAAGAAGGGCGAUACCUGCUCUGCUGUUGCCCGUAGCAACAACAUCAGCGUUCCUAAGCUCGCUGCUCUUAACCACGGUCUCCACUGGGGACCUGGUCACUGGUGUGAUAACCUUGACAUCGGUAAGAAGUACUGCGUCAAGGACCCCAAGAAGUGCGCAAAGAAGAAGACCACCAAGAAGCACACCACCACCAAGAAGCAUACCACCACCAAGAAGGCUACCACCACCAAGAAGGUUACCACCGCCCCCAAGGGUGACACUACCGGUCCUAUCGCUCACAGAACCAUUGCUUCCUGCAAGACCUACCACUUGGUCACCGACAAGGAUAGCUGCACCAGCCUCAUCGCCAACAACCACAUCUCCGCUACUGACUUCUACAAGUGGAACCCCGGUGUCCACCACGCCGGCGACCACCAGUGCGAUAACUUGGACACUGGCAAGCGUUACUGCGUCAAGGCUUAAGUCAAUGACUUAAGUCAUCCUAGUAUCUCCCCCCUGCUCCAUAAAUCGUUAUGGUUUAAUGUAUGAAAUAAAUAUUGUACUGUUUAUAUCAGAAAUCAACCUAUGAAAUGUAAAACACUACCUCACCAUUAAUAUCUCUGGUGGCAACCAGGAUGCUAGUCGCU